AUGGAUGCCCACCAGCCUGCUGAGCCCAACGUACCCGUAUGGUACAUUGGUCACCAUCUUCCCACCCCAAAUGUUGGAAUAAAUAUCGGCACACUCGAGGAAGAAAUCAGCAAUGGCUAUGAUAUGAUAACAACCUACAUAACAAAUGCCAACUUCCGCGCCCGUAUUGAGCAAGCCACGUCCGGCGCUCAUGCAGACAAUAAAGCCCACCUUUACAUCCCCUCUCUCGACGCUGAGGAAGUCAAUAUUCACCCCGGCGAACACAUCCCCCAGGUGAUUGCCUUUACGUCCUCAUGGAUUGACUUGGACUCUGAAGAUCCUUUGUUCGCCCAUGUUUCUCGACAAGUUCUAGCGCACGAGUUAGAAUAUGCUGCGUUUUGCGGCGUAAGCACAGUAGUCAUUGAGGGGCCAAAAAGGAAGACAAAUGUUGCGCAAUAUGCGCAGAUCAUACACACGACAUUGUUGAAGGGAUCAUAUACACAGAUUCAUGUUCACCUCCCUAUGACAGAGGAGGAAGGAGUUGCGACGAAUAAUGGGGAAAUAUAUGACGAAUUUUCUAUGUGGGAUGUAUGGAACACGAUUCGAACAGUGUGCAAAUACAAUGCAAGACUGUCUCUUGCACUCCGCAUUCCUGCUGUACUACCCUCCCGUCAUCUUGUGAAUCGUUGGUUCGCCGAACCUAUCCGCACUCUCCUUAUCCCCUCAUCCACAUUCUGCCCCAACCCCAAAGGCUAUCCCACUUUCUCAACUGCACAUCAAGGCCUGCUUACCCGUUACAUGAAGCUUCGCCCUGUACCGUACAUCCUCAUCUCCGACACACAUGUUGAGCCUACACCUGUAGUUGCUGCUGGCUCUGGAUCCCGCUCAAAGCCAAGAUACGAACCCCUCGGGUACUUGGUAUAUCUUCGUCAUCUCCAGAAGAACCAGCCUCCGCAAUCAACUGUUGAAAGGUUCGGGGCAGGAUACCAGGACUACCUUCAGGCGCCACUCCAACCACUAGCCGAUAAUCUCGAGAGUAUUACCUAUGAGGUGUUUGAGAAAGACCCCGUUAAGUACGACCAGUACGAGAAAGCGAUCAAGGCGGCAUUGGAUGUGAGAGAUCCCAACGAGACAAUUAUCGUCGCCGUCACUGGAGCCGGCCGAGGACCCCUCGUUUCCCGAGCCCUUCGAGCUUCAAAAUCGGCUAACCGCAGCAUUAAGCUGAUUGCAGUUGAAAAGAACCCUAAUGCCUACGUGCAUCUCCUGCGGCACAACCGCGAUACAUGGGCUGGACAGGUCACUGUGGUGAAGAGUGAUAUGCGCAGCUGGAACCCUCCAUUCAAGGUGGAUAUCAUCGUCAGCGAGCUUUUAGGGAGCUUCGGUGACAAUGAGCUUAGUCCAGAGUGUUUAGAUGGUGUGCAGAGGGUAUUGAAUCCUAAUGGCGGUAUCUCCAUUCCCGCAUCAUACUCGGCACACUACACGCCUAUCAUGGCUCCUAAGAUUCACGCCGACAUCCUCUCACGGCGAUCUGACCCGGAUGCCCCAGAAACUCCAUACGUAGUGAUGCUACAAGCCAUUGAAUCACUCGCUGAAAAUGAGUACAUCCACCGGGCCUGGGAUUUCCAUCAUCCGCUUCCCGCCAACACCAUGUCCGAGGCGGCCGCACUAGGUGGUGGCUUUAUCGGGCUCGGCGACGGUGGCAAUGACCACAACAUAAGGAAGUCAAAGGCCACCUUCAAGAUUCCCCGAAGGGGAGUGGUGCAUGGGUUGGCUGGAUACUUCGAGAGUGUCCUGUUUGGGGACGUAGAGUUGAGCACCAGGCCGGAUACGAUCGAUGCGAAGAGUAAGGAUAUGAUUAGUUGGUUCCCGAUAUUCUUUCCGUUGAAGACACCGGUGCAGCUUCCUGACGAUUCCGAGGUCGACGUGACGAUCUGGCGAGAGACUAGUGAGCGAAAGGUUUGGUAUGAGUGGAGCGUGGAGGCUUUCACCAAGGGGAGUCGGGGGCAGAGGUUCAGGGUUGGGGUCACAGAAUUGCACUCUAGCAAGAAGAAUGGAUGCUUGAUGUGA